AAAAUUCGGAGUCGUGUGACCAGCAUAUAGGUGCUACAAUCCACGAGUGCGCGCGGAGCGUCGUUCGGUCUUUAUUUUUCUCGGUAUAUACAGCUGACGAUGAUUCGUCGUGCCGCUGCAACCAGUUGACGAAAAAAAAGUGCGAGUGUCGCGUGCGCCGAGCGAGAGCAUUCGAUAAUAAAAUACCUAUUAUAGCUCCAUUUCCGAACCGUAAGAUUAUUUUAAGUGUUUCCGUCUGUGUCAUCGUUGCGGUGACUCGUGUGCGCCUCGCGUUUACGCACUAUACACACAAACGCAUAAGAUUCAAUUUCGUUUCUUGAUAUUGUUCGCGCGCCCGCUGCCUGCCUGCUGAUCGCCCAUUGACGUGAAUUUUCGUCCGCGUCGUCGUUGCUACUGCUAGGCUGCCACUGACUGUAACUACUGGCCAAAAUCUCAAAUAUACGUAGCAUAUACUAUAACGCACACUUUGAGAGACGAGAGCUUUAUUUAUCCCGUAUGACAACUCGUCAUGAUAUUUUGAAAGCAGUCCAAGUAACCGGAAUACAAAGUUUGUGGUAAUGGGAAAUUGUUUAUGUAAAAACACUGCCAGUCACAAUGGACGGAACUCAUCAUAUAACACCAGGUCAAGUUCGAUGGCAAUGGCUAAAAAUUCAUAUGAUCAUCCCUUGGACUUGACCACACAAGCUGAGCCACCUCCGCAAUUUAAAUUUCCUACGUUACCACAUAUAGACAAAUUAGUUCUAGAGAUAUUAGGAGUAAUAGGUUUACUUGUUGAUAGUGAACAGGAACCUCCACCAGCUAUGUUAAAGCUUCAUAAUAUAGCUGACAAAGAAGAUGGUUGGAUACAAGUUGUCAGUUCAAUGGUUAAUGUUAUUCCAAUGUUUAAUCCUCUUGGAGCUUCUGUUAUUACUUUAAUGCUAGACGAUUGCCCAUUACCUUCAAAGGACUCUGUUCUAAGGCUAUCACAAGUAUUCCAGUUGUCACAAGAUCACAAAAAAACAAAAAUAAGCGCAACGCAACAGAGGAAUAUCUGUGUUGUUUUAGGCUGUAUAGCAGAGAGAUUGGCUGGUCCGAGUAGCAUAGCAAUUUUAUCAGAUGCAACUCUAGAUUUUCUUUUAUCUAAUCUUGAGGAGGAUGUUGAUCCACAUGUAAUAUUAUUUUCUUUAAUAGCUCUAGAGAAAUUUGCACAAACAAGUGAAAAUAAAAUUACUAUUAAAAACCGCCUUCUAAAGAAAGAUCCAAAUCCUUUAUUGACAUUAGAAAAGUGGGCCAAUGAAACUAAAUAUGUACAACGACAAGUUGGUUUUAGUGCUCAAUGGUGUUUAGAUAAUUUAUUUUUAAUAGAGGGACGAGAUUAUUCUCAUAACACAGUCGAUUUGACUGGCAUAAAUGUGAUGUUAAAUACAAAAGACGUAAGUGAGUACCUGAAAAUUUCUCCAAACGGAUUAGAGGCACGAUGUGAUGCUUACUCAUUUGAAAGUGUUAGAUGUACAUUUCAAGUAGAUGAAGGAGUAUGGUAUUAUGAAACUCUUAUUAUCACCAGCGGUGUAAUGCAAAUUGGUUGGGCCACAAAAGAUAGUACUUUUUUAAAUCAUGAAGGAUAUGGCAUCGGAGAUGAUCAAUUUUCAUUAGCUUUUGAUGGGUGCAGAAGACUUAUAUGGCAUAAUGCCCGUAGUGAGAGAGUUUUUAAUAUACCUUGCUGGAGAGAAGGAGAUAUUUUGGGUUGUUUAUUAGAUUUAAAUAAGCAAGAAAUCAUAUUUUCAAUAAAUGGAGCCCCUUUGAAGACUUGUAAGCAAUUAUUUGAAAAAGCCAGGUCAGGAUUUUUCGCUGCGGCAAGUUUCAUGUCGUUUCAACAAUGUCUUUUCAAUUUCGGAAAUGUUCCUUUCAAGUAUCCACCAAAAGAUCGAACGUUUCAAACUUUCAACGAUCACGCUACUCUAAACCCAGAAGAAAAAAUCGUUUUACCAAGACAUUUAUUCCUAAAAGAGCUGAGAAAAUUCAGCGUCCGAGAGGAUUCCUGUGAACUUUGUUUCGAUAGAAAAGCUACGGUGAAGUUGUUACCUUGCGAUCAUAGAGGAUUUUGCCAAGAAUGCUCUAAACAAUUGAUCGAAUGUCCAAUGUGCAGAGCGCCGAUUCAAGAAAUGUCAAUAGAUAGCAAUGCGAAUAGUACGUGACGAGUACCAAAAAGGACGGCAUUUUAAUAAUCUCUUUGAUUUUCAACGACGUAAUAUUAAGAAUAAAUCCAUAGAUUAUGCAUUAAUCUAUUAUAAAAAAUAUUCAAACACGCACUAGUCAAGUGCUGUUAUAAUGUUUUUAUAUCAUUACUAAACUAAAAGUUACUAUAGUUAAAAAAUAACAGAUUUAUAUUGAAAUCAACUUUAAAAUUGAUGUCGCGAUUCCGCGAUCGAAUUGUUCUAAUAACAAGAAAACAUAAUUAUCUAUUGUCUAAUUCAAGCUGGUAAUCUUGAUCGUUUUAUUAUAAGGCACGAACAAUCACUCAAGUGAUUAUUUUAACAGAUAUUCUAAGUAACGAUAACAGCGUAUUUCAAUAAGUAUAUGUGAUUGUUUUAUUAAGUUGUGAAACGAAUGAAGUAUUGACUCACGGUUAGCAUCUUAAGUCUUUUCCGAUCUUGUAAUCGAAUUUGAUUUACAAUUUAACAUAUUAGCUAAUGGCUAAAAAAUUGAGCGUAACAUCGUUUAUAAAAUCGAAUCAGCAUUCCAGUUUAAAAACAAAGUCUUUUUAAUUCUUCAAUGAUAUAUCUCAAUUAUUUAUUUUAUAUACAAGUCUUUUGUGAUGCUUUUGCUAUGAAUUACGAAUAUAAAAAUAUUUCACGUAAUGAAGUCGUUGCAUACUUGCUUCAGUGCUGGAUAAUUUUAUUUACAAUGUAAAA